AUGGCGCGAGUCCUUCGAAGUGUGGUGGCAGCCGCGUCCACCGCAGCCGCGGCAGCUGUCUUCCAUGUGCCCCUUCAGAAGCGGGAGCUCACGUUUGAGGAGACCCUCGACUCGGUGAACAUGGGCGUUCAGAAGUGGGAAGCCCGCCUGGGGGCCAAGGGCGGCGAAGACCCCGUGAUCAUCGACGACUACAUGAAUGCACAGUACUACGGCGAGGUCGAGGUGGGCACCCCAGGACAGAAAGAGAUGGUGAUCUUUGACACCGGCUCUGCAAAUCUUUGGGUCCCCAACACCCGUCCCUUUCUGUCCAGCCACAACAUCUAUGAUCAUUCCAAGUCGUCCACUUACAAGAAGAAUGGCACGACCUUCGCCAUUCAGUAUGGCUCCGGGCCAGUCUCCGGUGUGUUUUCUGCGGAUGACAUCACCAUCGGCGACUUGAAGCUGAAGGACUACACCUUUGCAGAGGUGGACAAGACAUCGGGCUUGGGCUUGGGCUACCGCCUGGGCAAGUUCGACGGCAUUCUCGGCCUGGGAUGGGACUCGAUCUCCGUUGGGCACGUGCCGACGCCCAUGAAUGCCCUGGUGGCGUCGGGCCAGCUCCCCAAGCCCAUUUUCGCUUUCUACCUGGGCAACAACCAGCCGGGUGAGCUGCUCUUUGGCGGCGUGGACCCCAAGCACUACACCGGUGACUUUGCCUUCGUGCCUCUCAGCUCUGAAACCUACUGGCAGAUCAAUCUGGAUGCUGUGAAGCUGGGCUCUGAUUCCAUGUCGAGUACGAAGAGCGCCAUUGUGGAUUCGGGCACUUCCUUGCUUGCCGGGCCCAAGGAUGAAGUGGCCAAGAUUGCUGCGAAGCUGGGUGCGAAGUCCAUCCUGGGCAAGGAGUAUGUUGUCGACUGCAGUGCCAAGCUGCCGGACCUUACCUUCACCUUGGGCGGCAAGGACUACACCCUCUCGCAACCCGACCUGAUCCUGCAGCAGUCUGGCUCGCAGUGCAUCCUCGGCUUGACCGGCAUCGAUGUCCCCGCGCCCCGAGGACCUCUCUGGAUCCUGGGUGACGUCUUCAUGCGCAAGUUCUACGUGCAGUUCGACUGGGGCCAGAAGCGCCUUGGCUUCGCCAAAGCCGCCCAAGCAGAGUCGCAAGCACAGACUCUUCGCGUGCCCCUUCAGAAGCGGGAGCUCACGUUUGAGGAGACCCUCGACUCGGUGAACAUGGGCGUUCAGAAGUGGGAAGCCCGCCUGGGGGCCAAGGGUGGCGAAGACCCCGUGAUCAUCGACGACUACAUGAAUGCACAGUACUACGGCGAGGUCGAGGUGGGCACCCCAGGACAGAAAGAGAUGGUGGUCUUUGACACCGGCUCUGCAAAUCUUUGGGUCCCCAACACCCGUCCCUUUCUGUCCAGCCACAACAUCUAUGAUCAUUCCAAGUCGUCCACUUACAAGAAGAAUGGCACGACCUUCGCCAUUCAGUAUGGCUCCGGGCCAGUCUCCGGUGUGUUUUCUGCGGAUGACAUCACCAUCGGCGACUUGAAGCUGAAGGACUACACCUUUGCGGAGGUGGACAAGACAUCGGGCUUGGGCUUGGGCUACCGCCUGGGCAAGUUCGACGGCAUUCUCGGCCUGGGAUGGGACUCGAUCUCCGUUGGGCACGUGCCGACGCCCAUGAAUGCCCUGGUGGCGUCGGGCCAGCUCCCCAAGCCCAUUUUCGCUUUCUACCUGGGCAACAACCAGCCGGGUGAGCUGCUCUUUGGCGGCGUGGACCCCAAGCACUACACCGGUGACUUUGCCUUCGUGCCUCUCAGCUCUGAAACCUACUGGCAGAUCAAUCUGGAUGCUGUGAAGCUGGGCUCUGAUUCCAUGUCGAGUACGAAGAGCGCCAUUGUGGAUUCGGGCACUUCCUUGCUUGCCGGGCCCAAGGAUGAAGUGGCCAAGAUUGCUGCGAAGCUGGGUGCGAAGUCCAUCCUGGGCAAGGAGUAUGUUGUCGACUGCAGUGCCAAGCUGCCGGACCUUACCUUCACCUUGGGCGGCAAGGACUACACCCUCUCGCAACCCGACCUGAUCCUGCAGCAGUCUGGCUCGCAGUGCAUCCUCGGCUUGACCGGCAUCGAUGUCCCCGCGCCCCGAGGACCUCUCUGGAUCCUGGGUGACGUCUUCAUGCGCAAGUUCUACGUGCAGUUCGACUGGGGCCAGAAGCGCCUUGGCUUCGCCAAAGCCGCCCAAGCAGCUUCUGUUCUGAUGGUGUGA